UAAAGUUAGAAAAGAAAAAAAAAUUAUUGUAGCAUAACAUGCCUGUCACAUACCGUUAUAGUGACAAUCAAAUCAGGAAAUCCGAUUGUGUAGAGAGGGGCAUGAAGUCGAUUCUCAAGAUUUGGAGUAGUGUAUUUUAAUAUGAUGCACGGCUGUGAUUAAGCUGUCCUUGAUGGAUGUUACCUAAGAUCCUGAUUUUCUCAGUCAUUGAGAAAAAUUAAGGCUACCCAUCCUAAUUCAUGCUGCCUGCUUUUUGUCUCACAACGUGCAUUACUGCUUUAUUCCCAAGCCAAAUAUUCAGGCUAUGCUUUCUUCCAAUAUUUAUAUUUUUUGCUAGGUAGAUUCAUGGCUACUAUCUGUUCUAUGCAUAUACUUGCAGUUGCAGGUGGCAGUUUUUUCAUUUACUUUCAUUUAGCUUCUAUCUGCUAAUCAGUGUUAGCCGGGAGAAAGGUGAAAUCAAAUUCUUCUUCUUUUGUUGCUUGCAAGGAGAGUUACCCUUGUAGAACUUCUCGUCACUUGUCAUUUGAUUUUUAAACAGUUACAUUUCUUUUUGUUAUUGAUGUUUUAGUAUCUUAUCAUUUUUGCUGCCAUCGGCUGAAUCCCUUUUCUCAACAGUGUCGUUUGAUCCUGAAACACUUUGUUCUCCAUUUGCUAUUCAAUAUUAACUGUCAGAUCAUUGCUAUUACUCAUUUUGUUCACCAAUAUCAUUCGAUUCUAGUUUUCCAAGACACUUCUAAACCAGUCACCCACCGAAGAAGAACAUUUCCAUAUGAAUUCUAAACUUCCUACCAAAAGAAAAGAAAAAGAAACUCCCUUUACAGUUGGUGUCAAUUUUUUCUGUUACUAGAUCUGGAUUUGGUUUUUAUUUUAGCAACACAGAUCCAAGAACAAUUUAUUUCUGCUAAGUAUUUUUCUUUGGAUUUCAUUUUUCACUUCUGUCCUACUGUCCCCUUUUGAUCUCCAAAGAGUUGAAACCUUUGAGGGUCUUUCAAUUUCCCAUCUAAUUCUUGAAAUCACUAUAGUUUAAUUUUACUUUGUUAUUUGGCUCUCGGUCUCCCAAUCACAGAAAAAAAAAAAAGGAAAAGGAACAGCAAAGAACAAAGUAGAAAAUGGCUGGUAUCUUGCUUUCGGUAGCAUGCAUGAUUGCGGGCUACUUGAUCGAGUACUUAGUUGCUCCCAUUGGACCUAUGGUUGUUGAGUACUUGCUUGGUCCCAUUGCAAGUGCGAUUACUUGUAUCUACUACUACAAGAGCAACUGUCAGGGCCUGAGGAAAGAAAUUGAGAAGUUGAUGCUUGUAAGUGAGAGGGUGAAACAUAUGGUUGAUGAAGCUGAAAGAAAUGGGGAAGAGAUAGAAUCUGAUGUGCAGAAGUGGUUGAAGAGUGUGCGUGAAAUCAUUGAAGAAUCAAACAGAUUUUUCGAGGUUGAAGCAAAUGCACAGAGGAGAAUUUUUUGUGGGUUAUUUCCUAAUUUCAACUCCCACUACCAACUAAGCAAGAAGGCGGUGGAAAUGGUGAAGAUCGUCGAUGAACUCCAGGAAGAUGGUAGAUUUGAUAGAGUUUCCUACUCUGUCACGCCACGUUGGAAAGGUUUUGCGCCUGUUGAAGGUUAUAAGGCCUUCGACUCUAGAAUGUCAACUUCCAGGAAGAUUAUGGCAGCAUUUAGAAAUGAAUCCAUCACCACAAUUGGAGUGUAUGGAAUGGGAGGUGUGGGGAAGACCACACUACUUAAAGAGCUUGGUAGGCUGGCUUUGGAAAACAAGUUAUUUGAUGAUGUGGUUAUGGCAACUGUUACUCAGAAUCCAGACUUGAAAAAAAUUCAAGGAGAAAUUGCAGAUAAGCUGGGCCUGAGAUUCGAUGAGGAGUCUGUCGCUGGAAGAGCAGGUCAUCUGCGUGAGAGGUUAAAGAAGGAGAAGAAAAUCCUUGUGAUUCUAGAUGAUAUUUGGGCAAGGCUUGAUUUGGAGGAAGUUGGAAUUCCUUAUGGAAAUGCUCAUAAAGGAUGCAAGAUAUUGCUGGCUUCAAGAAGUUUGGAUGUGUUAUCCACUGAAAUGGAUGCCCAAAAAACUUUUGCAGUUGGAGUAUUAACAGAUCAGGAAGCUUGGGAUCUUUUCAAAAAGAUGGCAGGCGAUUCUGUUGAAGAUCCUGACCUGCAAUCUACAGCAGUUGAGAUAGCUAAGGAAUGUGCAGGUCUGCCAGUUGCAAUUGUAACCGUUGCAAGAGCACUGCGUAAUAAAAAUUCAUUUGAGUGGAAGAACGCCUCACGACAACUAAAAAGGCCCAACUCAAGAAACAUAAGGGGAAUGCAGGCAGUCAUAUAUUCAACUCUAGAAUUGAGUUACCAUCAAUUAGAAAGUGAGGAACUCAAGUCAACUUUCUUGCUUUGCGGUCUGAUGAAUUAUAAUGCUUCUAUCCAGGAUUUGCUGAAGUAUGGCAUGGGUUUGGGCUUACUACAAGAUGUUUAUACAACUGAAGAAGCGCGGGACAGAGUUUAUACGCUGGUCCGCAAUCUCAAGGCUUCAUGUUUGUUGGUAGAUGGUACUAGCACUGAUGGUUUUAGUAUGCAUGAUGUGGUUCGUGAUGUUGCCAUGUCAAUUGCAUCUAGGGAAAAUCACGUAUUUGUAGUGAGAGAUGAUGUUGAGUUGGUGGAAUGGCCAGAUGAGGAUACAUUGAACAAGUGCACUGCAAUCUCUCUUCAGUAUUGCGAUAUUAGAGAGCUACCUGAUCGGUUGCACUGCCCCAAGCUUAAGUUCUUUUAUAUGGGAUGUGAGGAUCCUUCUCUGAAAAUUCCAGAAAAUUUUUUCAAGGGAUUGAAUGCACUCAAAGUCUUACACAUUGCAAAAGUGCAUUUUCCUGCCCUGCCUUCAUCACUUUGUUUUCUGGGAAGCCUCCGAACUUUAUGUCUUCAUCAAUGUGUGCUGGGAGAUGUAGCGAUAGUUGGAGAGCUGAAGAAAUUAGCCAUUCUUAGCUUUGCUGGAUCUGAUAUUACACAGUUGCCAAGGGAGAUCAGGCAACUGACUCGGCUAAAGUUGUUGGAUUUGAGCAAUUGUAUGAAACUCAAAGUCAUACCGCCCAAUGUCAUUUCAAGCUUGUUCCAAUUAGAAGAGUUACAUAUGGCAAAUAGCUUUGUUGGAUGGGAGGAUCCAAUCAACACUCAAAGGGGUAAUGCUAGCAUUGCUGAGUUGAAGCAACUGCCUAACUUGGUCUAUUUAGAUGUACACAUUCCGGAUGCCAAGGUUAUGCCAAAAGACUACCUCUUUGAAAGGUUGACAAGAUACAGAAUAUUUAUUGGUGAUAUCUGGGAUUGGUCUGGUGAGAAUGAAACAUCAAGAACCUUGAAGCUCAAACUUGAUACAAGCAUUCAGCAGGGGCGAGCUGUCAUGCUGUUGAAGAGCGCUGAAGAUCUAUAUUUGGAUGGACUGGAGGGGCUGAGGAAUGUAGUUUGCGAAUUAGACAGUGAAGGUUUUCCACGUUUGAAGCAUCUUCAUGUUCAAAACAGCAAUGAGAUUCAAUAUCUCAUUGAUUCAAUGGAGGGGGAUCCUUGCACUGCUUUUCCUAUCCUAGAGUCAUUGGUUCUUCACAGAUUGAUUAACUUAGAGAUGAUAUGCCAUGGCCAGCUAACAACAAUGUCUUUCCAUAAGUUAAGAAUUGUGAAGGUAGAAAACUGUGACAGGUUGAAGAACCUAUUUUCAUUUUCCAUGGUUAGAGACCUUGUGCAACUUCAAGAAAUCAAAGUAGCUGAUUGCAAGGUCAUGCAUGAGAUUGUAACUAAGGAGGGAGAGGAGGAUAUCAAUGACAAGGAAACUAGUGCUGAGAUUCAGUUUUUGCAUUUACACUCCUUGGAACUAGAAUGUCUACCCAAGCUCACGAGUUUCUGCUCCAAAGUGACAGAGGCAACCGUGUCUCCAUGGAGGAAGAAGACACCAACAGAAGACCUGUGUUCUGAAGAAACAAUUUUGCAGAAUGAGCUAGAUACUUCCACACCACUUUUCAGUGACAAGAUUGAGUUCUCCAACUUGGAGUUUUUGAAUCUCAUUGCAAUUGGCUCUCAACGGUUAUGGCAAGAUCAAACUCUGAGAAGUACUGCUGGAUACCCACAAGUAAUAUCCAGCUUCCAAAACCUAACAUUGUUGCGUGUGAAGAGCUGUCAUAAUUUGAGUUAUCUGUUAUCAUCCUCUGCUUCAGUAAGUCUUAUCAAACUCAAACGUCUUGAGGUUCACAAAUGCACUGCUAUCAAAGACAUAUUUGUUACAUCGGGGGAGGCAUGGAUGGGGACAUUGUCAUUCCCUCAACUUGAAUUCUUGAGCCUAAAAGAUCUUCCCCAUGUCACAAGAUUCUGUUGGGGAAAUUCUGCUGUAUUUCCAUCCUUGAACAAAUUGUACAUAAAACAUUGCCCGGAAUUGAAGGAAUUCAUUUUCAGCCCUACAACUGCUGACAUAACAGUUGAAAAGGAACUAGAUGGAACGUGCAUGGGGAAUAACCUCCACACUGCUAUAAAGCCUCUCUUCAGUGAAAAGGUUUCACUUCCAUCCUUGAAAGUAAUGAAAAUCGCCCACUUGCAUAGCUUGAAGAUGCUUUGGAGCAACCAAGCCACUGAAAAUUCUUUUUGCAAAUUAAAGGCCGUGAAAGUUAAGCACUGUGGGAAACUACAGGCUAUUUUCCCUUCUAAUGCAUUUAGAAGAUCAAAAAGUCUUGAGUCACUGACAGCAAUUGAUUGUGAUUCCCUAGAAAAUGUAUUUGAAGUGCAAGACGUGAAAGUUGAGGAAACACAUAUUGUGGCAGCUGCUCGGUUAAGAAGCUUAUAUUUAUCUCAUCUGCCAAAACUGAGACAUGUUUGGAGUAAGGAUCCUGGGGGAGUUCUUACAUAUACAAGUCUACACACGGUAAGUGUUUCCAUUUGCCCAAGCCUGAAAAGUCUUUUUCCUGCCUCUGUUGCCAAAGAUCUUCUUCAACUCAAGCAGCUGGAGAUAGACUCGUGCGCUGUAAAGGAAAUUGUUGCUAAGGAAGAAGCAGUGGAAAUGUCAUGCAUGGUGGAUGAAUUGGUUGCUGAGGAAGAAGGACUAGAAAUAGCAGCUAGGUUCGUGUUUCCUCAUGUAACCUACUUGCGACUUCAAGCUUUACCGGAACUCAGGAGUUUCUAUCCUGGGCUACAUAUUUCAGAAUGGCCAUCGUUGAAAAAAUUGGAAGUGAAUGGAUGUCAUAAAGUGGAAAUAGUCGCUUUGGAUUAUCAUAGCUUCCAAGAAAUGCUUGGGGCAGGCCACUUUGAAAUACCAAUUUCACAUCCUCUAUUCUUGGUUGAAAAGGAUACAUUCCAGAACUUAGAGGAACUGAGCUUGGAUGGUAACAGUGUAAUGAUGGAGACAUGGCAUAGCGAGUUUCUAGCAGAGUUCUUUUUCUCACAGUUAAGAAAAUUGAAGCUGUCUAGGCUGAAAUAUCUAUGGAAAGAAGACUCUUGCCUAGGCCUAAUUUUUCAAAAUCUGGAAACUUUAGAAAUAUCAUAUUGUGGCCUCUUGAAAUCUUUAGUACCAUCCUCGGUUUCAUUCAAACUUUUGACUGCUCUGGAAGUAUCAAAUUGUGAUGGAUUGACAAAUUUGAUCAUGCCCUCAACAGCUGCAAGUAUGAUGCACCUUACAAGAAUGUGUAUAAGUGAAUGCAGAAUGAUGACAGAAAUUGUCAAUUAUGAGACAGGCGAGGCAGAAGAUGAGAUUGUUUUCAGUCAGCUCAAGUCUUUGGAACUUCAUUAUUUGCCAAUCCUUACAAGCUUUUGUGCAGGAUACCAGUCCUUGAUUUUCCCGUCGCUGGAAAAAGUAAUUGUAAACCAUUGCCCCCAGAUGCAAGCUUUCUGCAAGGGAGUCCUUGAUACACCAAAGCUAGAUAGAGUCUAUAUAUCAGAAGAAGAAGAUAAGUGGCACUGGGAGGGCAACCUAGAUGCCACCAUAGGACAAUUGGCCAUUGUUUUGUAAUCCACAGUGACAAUGUAUCUCAAAUUUUGGAGGAAAAUGAGGUUCUUCUUUUUCUGAAGCAGCAUAAUAAUUUCCCAUGCAUAGUUUUUCAAAAAAUCUGAGCACCUUGCAUUCUUCACCAGCAAUGGAAGUUGAAAGAGUUAUAAUACUUGUGUCUCACUUCUUUUGGGAUCAAAUGAAUAAUGUCGUCAGCGGCAUUUGUGUUGCACUGGAGCUGGAGGAAAGCAUUGCUCUUUGUUCUGUACGUGUCGAAUAUGAUGAGAGAGUAGAAUAAUGGCAGGAGAAACUUCCGUCCAAUUUUUCAGUUUUCUUUAUGUGCUAAACAGAUUGAAUUGUUGUGAUGUUGUUACAGAACAAAAAUGGGUCUAAAAAUCCUGCCAAAUUGUAUUAGUAUGUUAUGUGUUUUUUCACUUAAAUUUUUCAUGGUUUGUCUU